AUGUUGCAAUUCGUUGAACUUUGCCCAAUCUUAGUCCUGUCUGUUCUGAUACAAGACAAAGGCUCUGCUGAGGGUAAGUUGGACUCCAUGACAAAGCUUUUUUUUCCAAAUUUAUAUCACAGGCGUUCGUAACUUUUCGCUGAUUCUUUUAACAAGACACAUCAUCGACUCCAUAAGCAUAACGAAUCCUUCCACCAAAAGAAGAGAUAGAAUAGAUAAACAACAGGCAAGAGAGGAGAAAUAUCCUCUCUUGAUUUCAAGAUAUUCAAGUUUAACAUUCUUUACCUUUCAAAUGCACCUAAUUUGAGUGACUAAUAGAGAAAGUCAAAGAGAAAAAAAGAAAAAACCAAAUUCGAAUUCUUAGCAUAUAUCAUGAGUAUGCGGUAUAAACAUAUGGAUUUUCUCUUAAUCUAUAAAAUUAUUAGACAACACCUGAUACUCUCGAGAAGUCUACAAGAAAUUUUUCUGUAGAAAUUCUCGGAAGUUGUUCGGCUGCCGGGUAUAUAGCCGUAGGUUAGUUUUAUGCGCAAUAAAUUCCUAUUUGGCUUUUCCCAUUUUUUGUUUUCGCUCUUGUAUAUCAUAACUGUAUAUCCAUAGAGCAGCUCAGUGCACAACAUUGCAUGUGUCACUUUCAUUAGAGCACUUUAGUAAUAUAUUUCCUCACGUAUAAUCGAUUCUAUGUGAUAUUUCCAACAUAGGGUUUAAAAUUUCGUAUCGAGAGCAUUCGUCGCCAACUUUUCGAGAACAUGUAUUUAUUAAAGAUGAGUUCCAUCAUCUGAAUGUGUCUCCAGUGGAAACAUUCAGCGUGUCUGAUGUCAUGGACUGCACCUUCAAAUGCCUUUGUAACCCUUUCUGCUUUUCUGCCAACUUGGCUGUUGUCAGAAAAGCCGAUGGGAAAUUUUGGUGCGAGUUACUGUCUUCUGACAAAUACAAGAACAACACAGAAUACACAGAAAGUAGAAAUGUGCAUCACUUUUCCCUGAAGGUAAAUUAUUUUUCAUUUCACGUAAUGCAAUGUUUUUCUUUCUCUUCAAGUUUAUUUAUCUGUUUAUUGUGCUUGACCUUUCAAGACUGAUUCACAUAUUUCCUCUCUCCAGUCCCCUCGCUCUUCCUCGCCAUGUCAAAACAAAGCCACCUGUGUGACGAAUUACAAAUAUGGCUCCUUUGAGUGUCUCUGUAAUGACGGCUAUGUCGGAAAAUAUUGCGAAAGAGGUGAGGGAAAUCUUUAAUAUUUCCAUCUAAAGAUAAAAUAAGAUAUGUCGCAAAUGAAGCAACUACGAAUAUUACAAUUCCCCCGAGGUCAGAAUGCUAGUCCAUCGUCGGAUACUACCACUGCUCCUAAACCUCUUUUCCAGGAUCUUCUCAAAGUUUGCCGUCACCAAUUUUACAUUCCUGGUAACUCAACCAGGAUGAGAAACUAUAUCUUUCAAUCCAGAGUCCUGGCUAUUAUUUACGAGGUUAUUACAUGUGUCCCAACCACAAAAUAAAAGUCUUAUUUGUUAUUUCUUUCAGCCAUCAGGUCAUGCAGAGAAAUGUUUGAGCUAAACAAGUAAGGAAUAAAUAAAUGGUCUUGCGGUAAUAAUUAAAUCAUUCUUACUAAUGUGUGAUAUAUUUAAAUGAAUCAUAGUGUUCUUGCCUAGAGAUAAUCAUGUCAAUUGAUUGCAUACAUAUAAUAAGGUUUUAUCAACUCAGUUGAUAACGGAAAUUGGCCACUAAAAGUUGACGUUUCGAGCAUUAGCCUUUCGUAAGAACGAAAUACGAAAUGCUAACAUUAGAAAUGUCCACUUAGAAACUCUUUACAGAGAUCAAUUUAAAUUAUCAACUCCAAACUAUCUUGUAAUACCCCUCAUCGAGUGUAGCAUCACAGCUUUUUUUAGAAAUUUACCGCCUUUAUUGCAUAGAUAUGCCUCCGAGGUUACUGAGUAGCUCCAUAAAGAAGCCCACCCCUAUCAACAUAUGAACAAAAGGCUUCACCCAUAUCAAGUCUUCGAUGAGCCAGCCUCGCUUAAUUGUUCAUCGGUGAUAACCGGUUUCAAUCAGAAUGCAUUUUAAGCUAGUUCGUUGAUGAGCCUCUUAUUUUCCUUGACUGCCAAUUAAGGUAAUAAUUACGAGAGAGGAUGCAAGCUUCUCUAUGCACAAAAUUAAAACGUUCUCUAUUAUGUUUCGAAGGUUGAACACAAGUCAGCUGGUCAUCCUUAUCGUUGACUCAAAACCAUUGACGGUCUUCUGCCACGUGGGAGAUUUGGGUUGUGGAAGAGGGGGCUGGACACCAGUGAUGAAGAUUGAUGGAGACAAGGUAUGUACGAUGCGAUUUCCAUUUGGUAACUUACUUAUUUGAAAAUAAACAACCACACGAGAAACAACUGGAAACGUUAAUACAAAGAAACAAGUAGUAGAAAUUUGCCAUAAGUGGUGGAGUCCCUUCCACGCAAUUUAAAACCUUAGAUUUCCUACCAAGUGAACUACAAAUGGAAAUCCUAACGCAUGUCUUGACGUCGAUCUUACUCAUUUUUUUCCUGAUGGUGGCAUCGGCAGUGUUUGCUUUUCGUCUUAAAUAUUAAUGAAAGAAUACCGAAAUAGCAUAUCCCCGUUUUCCCUGAAAACACUUCAUCUCUCCACAAGUUACCAGCGCAAAAUUCUCUUUGAAACGAAUAAAGCAAUUUUUUUUCAGGCUCCAUUAUCACUUGUGAAUAAACAGUUAUAUCUUCUAGAUUAAAGAAGAAACAUCUUAAGAUUUAUUAACGCAAUUAUUUGAUAUUAUUUGGCAGCUAACUUUUCAUUAUGACUCGGUGUACUGGAGCGAUAAGAACACCUUCAAACUUGGUGGAGGAAGGACUGGGUUUGAUUCAAUGGAGACCAAGUUACCAACGUACUGGAACACAUCUUUUUCUAAAAUCUGUCUCGGUAUGAAGAUCAACCAAGACAUCAGAUUUAUGGUGAUAAACAAACAGGCCGAGUCUCUGUACUCACUGAUAGCUGAUGGGGAAUACCGCCAAACUUCAUUAGGUCGAAACAAGUGGAAGGCGCUGAUUGGUUCGGAAGCAUCUCUUCAAAAUAAAUGUAAUAAGGAAGGCUUUAAUGCACAAUGUCUUCAUGAUGGGUUCCCUACGCAGAAUUCUAGAGCAAGAAUCGGUUUUAUUGGUAAUAAUAGACGCAACUGCACCAAUUGUAACUCCAGAAUUGGAUUUGGUACCGGGGGCCAUCCUGAUUUUAACAACACGUGUGGGAACGAGGCAAUAAGGAGAUCAAAUAAAGGUGACAAACAUAUUAGAACCAUGGGGUUCAUAUUGGUGCAGUGAUGAUGGGACGAACGAAAAAGAAAAGACUGUUUCAUGAUAGAUGUUCUAUCUUAACAUGGACAAUAGGUUCUUAAGCCUUACUCAUCAGUUGAAAAAUCUUUCAAAAAGACUUAGAUGAUGUGUCGUAAACGAAGGAGGUAAAUAUUUGCCUCCUUGUGUUGGCACGAGAGAGUGUCUAAUUAUGAAGGAUUAUUUUAUUCUGCAAUACAUUUCAGUUGGUUUGUUUCAUAACAUGGCGUUUCCUAUGGAAAAGAGAUAUCUCACGAAAUUAUUGGCAUGAUAUUGGUGUUUUUUCUUUUUUUAAAUUUUACAAAAUUCUUCCAAAUUUCCAAGCAUUAGAUUUUCACGAGAAAAUAGUGAAAUCGUUCCAGGUGGCCUGUAAAUAAACAAGUACGAAAGAAGUUAGGCCAAUAUUCAGUGUUACAGAAGUGAGUACUACGAAUUAGUUACAAUUUAUUAGAUACUGUUUAUGAUCCAUUUAUAUAAUGCUGUAAUAACAUGUAGUAUUCGAAUAACAUUUCUUAAGCGUGGUUGUGUUUUUAAAUACGUAGAACUUUUGGUAUUGUUCGUCAUGUGGCACUGAGCAUAUUGUUGAUGUGGUAGUAAAUUCGCCUGAAAUAAAAAAAGAAAGAACAACAAUGAACCAGGAGGGAUGUUGAUCCUGCGUAUAAUCAUUAAAAAUGCAUAACGCUGAAACGAGAUGGAAACUAGAGUGGAACGAAUAUUGUAGCGCAUCACGUUUAGUUGAGGAAAUUUGUAUUCUCGUUCAAGAGGUCUACAUUAAUUUUCUUUUAUAUCUACAAAUGGAAUAUUUUCACAAAAAAUUGAAAAAUCUGCGUUAUUUGCAAAAGAAACGUUUGGUACCUUCGCACAACUAAACAUCAUUGUUUCUAUGCGUUUUUAAAAAUGAAUUUUUUUAACUUUAAACACAAGUGUUUAAUAAUUGAAUACAAAUUGUUUGUCUUCUCUACCUUUUUAAAAAGAAAACUGUUCAACAUCAAUUAUUGAAGGCCAAAAACUGAUGAAAUCAUUGAAAGUUCAUUGGUUAAAACAACACCUUAAUUGUAACUAUCACAUAAAAAGCUACUAAACAAAGUCGUAAACCAUUCAACUCAGAGUAAAAGUUCAAUACAACUUUGAAGAACGGAUAAGAUUUCACAAUGUUUAAUGUUGUGUUCGUCUGCAUCGUAUUCCUUCCGUCUGCUCUUAUUUCAAACACAUUAUUUUCUCAAGGUUAGUGAAUUUCUGUCUCACGGGUAUUUUUAAAAUUCCUUGCGAACGUUUGUCUUCUUCUUAACUAUCGUGUCGCAUUCACGGUUUUGGUGCACAAAAGGCAAUAUCUUUUUUAAAGCUGGCACCACUUUGAUAGCCCUAUAACGGCAUUUCUCAUUUACUUCGUCUCUGAGGAGAUAAACAGCAAAAGUGGAUUCAUAAUUCAAAUCAGAGCAGAGACUAUGACACAGCAAAUACGGAGACAAAGCUACAAUUUCAUUUCCAAAUAACAAGAUACACAAUGGAAUUCCCUUUCAUCAAACUACCAACUUUUCUGUAGGCAUCACUUUUAUUCAGAAAAGGCUUUAGAUGACUUCGAGAAAAGGAAAAAAUUAAAAAACUGAACGUUACAUGACUAACACUUUCAGAAAAUACUGAUCCUUAAUGAAUAAUUCGUUAUCUGUUAAUUAUUUAUCUCGACAUUCCUCACAAAAGAAGAAAAGCGAACAUACUGCCGUUACAAAAGAAGGGAGCAUUGUUAGAAAAGUAGAAGUUGUCGGGGGGGGGUGACGAAAGAAAUGCGUUUUACAGCUCAUGAAAAGUAACCAAUCACAGUCGCGUGUGAUGCCUUACAACUUGAUGUGUAUCCAGUUGACCUUAUUGCCUGAGGAAGACCAGUGUUAACGUUGCAAUUAAUACAAUAAAUGUUUACAACAUGGAACAAACAAUCCUAAACAUCACUCGGUUUUUUUAUGAACUCGGUUUUUUAUGAUUUUGUGACUAUGAUUUAUGACAGCAUAUUGUUUCAUAGACUGCUAUCGUCUCUUUCAGUCAAUUUGCCAUGCUUAUGAUAUUAUCUGGUAUUACUGAUUCUUUAUACAUGUUAUCCGUAACUUGGUUGUUUGUUUUUUUCUUUAACAUCAGUGAGUUCUUUGAGAGAAGCCACAAUGCACAAAAUCGCACAUCAUCUGUUACAUUACAACCGUUGUAACAUCAAUUCUAGAUAAAUCGUUUUCCUAAGACAAAUCAUUCUCUAAUUGACUGAGUGCGCGCAGUAACGAUGCUAUCUCGUGAACCAUUCAUGAUUUGUAUUCGGCUUGCAGCUUCAAAUUUCGUACACGUUUCAUUUCGAUUUUGUUUUGGAUUGUGGCUCGCAUUUCAUCUGGUCCCUCUUGUAUGUUAAAAUGGCGGCCUUUAAAAUGGUGUCUACUUGGAUAUCUAUUCAUUGAGCAGCUCAGUGCAAACCAUUGUGUAUCUUAAAAUCGUGAUAUAAAAUGUGUCUAAGGAACCACUAUUGAUAUUUUUGGUCACAUAUGAUUGAUACCGAUGUGUUACUUUCAACAUAGGUUCGAAUAUUUUGUAUCGAGAGGGUUCAUCGUCAACCGUUCGACAGCGCUUCUUUGUAAAAGAGGAAUUUCAUUAUCUGAAUGUCUCUGUCGUGGGGACAUCCAGUGUAUAUGACGUCUUGGACUGCACCUUCAAAUGCAUCUGCAACCCGUUGUGCUUUUCUGUAAACUUGGCUGCCUCCACAGAAGCUGAUGGAGAAGCCUGGUGCGAGUUACUGUCUUCUGAUAAAUACAGGAACAGCACAGAAUACACAGACAGUAGAAAUGCCCACCACUUAUACCUGAAGGUAAAGGAUUUGUCAUUUCACGAAACAUGUUUCGAUUUCUUUUAAUGUUUCUUUAUCAGUGUAUUUUGCUUGACCUUUUAAGAGUGUAUUACACAUUUCCUCUCUCCAGUCCCCUUGCUCUUCCUCGCCAUGUCAAAACAAAGCCACCUGUGUGACGAAUUACAAAUAUGGCUCCUUUGAGUGUCUCUGUAAAGAAGGCUAUGUCGGAAAAUAUUGCGAAAGAGGUGAGGGAAAUCUUUAAUAUUUCCAUCUUAAGAUAAAGUGCAACAUGCCACGUUCAGAUAACACAAAUAGCGGACUUAAACUGAUGUUUCAUGUCACAUUCCAAUUUUUUUCCUUUUCUUCCCAGUUGACGAGCGAGCCAAUAGUUUUUUUUAUGUUCUCCUAAUUUCUAUAAUCAUAAUGUAUCAAGAUAGAAUCAGCCGACGAGCCACAAGGUUAAUCCUAGCAGAGCUUGUCCCAGUUUCAGUGACAUGAAGUGACAACUAUUGUCAGGGUGCAAAUACAUCGUAGGAUACCACCCUCGCCUUUAAACCUUUUUUUUUUUCCGUGUUUUCUUCAUCGUUUGCUGUUACCUUUUUAACACUCCUGAAACAGCAGCUGUAUUUCUCGCAAUCAUAUGAUAAACAUCUUCUUUGUUCUUUCUUCCAGCCAUCAAGUCAUGCAAAGAGAUGUUUGACCUGAACGAGUGAGGGAUAAGUAAAUUGCUUUGUAACAAUGAUGUUACCAAUGAUGAUGACAAUAAUCAUGAUAAUAAUAAUAAGAAGAGUGUGUUUCUACUGGUACAAUAUGAUAAUCUUAUCAUUCAAGAAUAUUGCAUAGUUAGGCCGCAGUAGCUCUCCUAAAAGGGAAAAGGCCACGCCCAUAAACCUAUUAGGAAAGUGCAUGAACCCAUAUAAACUGUAAGAUGAACCUCUCCCAAGUGUUCAUCAGCCAAACCCAGCUCAAGUCCAAAGGGACCUUCUCGUUGAUCUUUGAUUCCAGGAAAUAAAUUCUCCCAAUUCCAGGAAAUAAAUUCAUUUGGCAAGCAAUUCUUGAUUAUUGGCCUUGGCACUGUAAUUGAGCAGAUACUUUAAGGAUCUUGGUCGAUCUUAAGGUCAAAGUUCAGGUUCUUGAUUGUCCGUAAUGAAAACUGCAAAGAAAAAAAUUGAGAUAAUCCUAAUACUUUCCAAUACAAAAGAGGGUCGUUGACAAAUGUGAGAGUAGAUGCAAGCUUCUUCUCACAGAACAAUAAAAAAUGUCUCGAUCACAUUUCAAAGGUUAAAUGCAAAUCAGCUGGUCACCCUUAUCGUUGACUCAAAACCAUUGUCCGUCUUCUGCCACGUGGAAAUUUUUGGCUGUGGAAGAGGAGGUUGGACACCAGUAAUGAAGAUUGAUGGAAACAAGGUAUUUGGGGCGCGAUUCUCAUUGGAUAUUUGGAUUUCGUCUUGCUGGCACUGGCAGUGUUCGCCAUUGUAGAGAAAAUGAGAAUAUCAUCCAACCUAUGAAUGAAAGGACCCUUGAAAAUAGUUAUUCUUCUUCCACUGAAAACGCUUUAUCAUUAAUUAAAGUUAUUAGUGUAAAAAAAACAUAACUUCCCAUAACUUGGGAAAGAGGCGAAUUAAGUUAUUUGUUUUUCGGGAUUCCGUCAAAUUGGAUAUUUUUCAUCACUUGGGAAUAAAAAGGUAUGUUUCCUGGAUAAAAAAUAAAUGCCUAUAGAUUGAUUUAUUUCGUGUUCUUCGGCAGGUAACUUUUCAUUAUGACUCAGAGUAUUGGAUCGAUAAGAUCACCUUCAAACUUGGUGGAGGAAAGACUGGGUUUGAUUCACAGGAAACUAAAUUACCGACGUACUGGAACACAUCUUUCUCUAAAAUCUGCCUCGGUAUGAAGAACGGCCAGAACAAAGCAUUUAUUGGGAUGAACAAACAGGCCGAGUCUCUGUACUCACUGAUAGCUGAUGGGAAUUACCGCAAUACGUCACUGGGACGUACCUCGUGGAAGAACCUGAUUGGUUCAGAUGCAUCUUUGCAACGGAAUUGUAACAUGGAAGGAUUUAAUGCAGUGAGUAAAGAUAGAAAUUAUGCGAAGGCCAGAAUCGGUAUCAUUGGCAACAACGAAGAGAAUUGCGAUUCUAGUGACUCCUGGAUUGGGUUUGGUACAGGAGUGGUUCAUAAUGAAAAUUUAACUUGUGGUAACUAUGCACUAGCCGACCCAGAUAAUGGUGACAAAACCAUAGGCACCAUGGGAUACAUCCUCGUGCAGUGA